AUGGAUCGUGAAGUGUUUUGUUAUAGCUUUCUAACUGCGGUCAUCCUGACCUGCGUAUUUGGCUGUGUGGGGAACGGGCGCAUUAUCUGGCUGCUUGGCUUCCAUAUAAAAAAAAACACUUUCAGCACAUACAUUCUGCACUUGGCCGUGGCAGAUUUGGGGACUGUGGCAUUUUUGACCCUGUCCCUGAUUGUUUAUUUCUUCCAGAAACCCUCAUUUUUUGUCCUGUACACCUUCUUCCUCGGGACGUGUAUGGCCAGUUUGGGCUUCCUGACCGUCAUCAGCAUGGAGAGGUGCGCGUCGGUUCUUUUCCCGCGCUGGUACCAGCACCAUCGCCCCAAACGUCUCUCCACCAGGUUGUCCUUCUUGAUCUGGGCCCUGGCAGGCAUGUUCUGCGGCUUGGAGGUAUUUGCUUACGUGGCCUACGGCGUGUGGGAGAAUCGCAUCGUCGCGGUCAUAAUCGUGGUGGACUUCUGGGUCUUGCCUUCCCUCGUGACUAUCUGCACUUUUGUCCUGCUCGUCGGGCUUUGUUGCCAAUAUGAGAACCAUCCUCCCGGGAAUUUAAAUACCGUAAUUAUUUUAAUGCUCCUUUUCUUCCUCAUCUUUGGCGGUCCGUGGAUCGUAAUGAACUCCCUGAAUCUUUUCCAUGGCCCUCUUUUGGUCCUCGCGUUCUUCCAUCUCUUCUUUUCUGUGAAUAGCAGCAUCAAGCUGAUAUUUUAUUACUUAGUAGGGAGGCAGCGGAAGUGUCACACCACAGAACCCCUGCUCAUCAAACUCCAGAGAGUUUUCCAGGAUGAAGGAAAUGCUACUGAGGGCAGAGAACUGAUGAGGAUGAAUCUAACCCCCGAAGAAAUUUGCAGCAUCCAAACUGCAUAA